UCUGAAGAGUGCAGGAGGAGGCAGAUCUUUUUUUCCCUGUGUGCCUGGGUGGGUUUUUUGCAGCAGUAACUCACCCACACCAACCAUGCUCUGUCUACUCUCUCUUAAACCUUCAUAUCUAACCUCCAUCUGAGAAUCAGAUCAAGUAAUCCUCUUACAGGUCAAUAAUUUUUUUUUCCAGCACAGCUUCAUUUAAGGGAUUUGCAUUAAUUCAUAACGUGCUUUCUUGAUUGCACUGAAAUGGGAAGGCUUGUUUGAAAAAGAAAGGGGUGCUGAUAUUGGUUGAUGUUUAUAAAGCUUGAAGUUCUGUGUCCCACCACAGAGAGGAAAAAAAGGGCAAAGAGGAAUCCUGGCAGCAGUUUUAAAAUCUUGCACUUGAAAAAAAAAAUGAAAGCUCUCCUGUUGUUGGUCCUACCUUGGCUAAGUCCUGCAAACUACAUAGACAGUGUGGGGAAUCUGCAUUUCCUGUACUCAGAGCUGUGUAAAGGAGCAUCUCAUUAUGGCCUUACCAAGGAGCGAAAGCGGCGUUCACAAGAUGGCUCUCCCGAUUUGAACGCUGCCUUGACUGUGGCUGCUUUUGGGCCAGAGCUUUCUGCUGCCUCUACUAUAGCCUUAAUGACUGAUGAGCCAGGCCUAAUUAAUCCAGCCUUCAGCACCACCUCAGAAGACAGCCAGCCAGGAGCCACUUCUGCAGAUCUUAACAGAAGCAGCCAAACUAGAACUCGACAUUUUGAACGUUCCACUAUAAGAAGCAGAUCUUUUAAAAAGAUAAACAGAGCUUUCAGUGUUCUUCGAAGGACAAAAAGUGGCAGUGCUGUUGCUAACCACUCUGAACGGGAACGAGAGAAUGUUGAAAAUGUAAUCGCCUCAGAAGAAGUCUUCCCAAGGUUGUAUCAUCUUAUCCCAGAUGGUGAAAUUACCAGCAUUAAGAUCAGCCGUAGUGAUCCCAAUGAAAGCCUUGCCAUUAGGAUUGUGGGAGGCAGUGAAACACCAUUGGUUCACAUAAUAAUACAGCACAUCUAUCAAGAUGGCAUCAUCGCCAGAGAUGGAAGAUUACUGCCGGGGGACAUGAUACUGAAGGUGAAUGGCAUCGACAUCAGAAAUGUGCCACACAACUAUGCCUUGUCUGUCCUGAAGCAGCCCUGUCAGAUCCUCCGCCUCACUGUCCUCAGAGAGCAGAGGUACCGGUGCCGAAACAGUCGGCUUUCUCUCGAACUUCCCUGCAAUAGGGAUGACAGCUUUCAUGUUAUUCUGAACAAAAGCAGCCCCGACGAGCAGCUGGGGAUCAAGCUGGUCCGCAGGGCCAAUGAAACUGGGGUCUUUGUCUUCAACCUGUUGGAAGGUGGUCUUGCUGCCCGGGAUGGACAGCUCCAAGAGAAUGACAGAGUUCUGGCAAUUAAUGGGCACGAUCUACGAUAUGGAGGUCCAGAAAGUGCAGCCCAUCUGAUACAGGCCAGCGAGAAGCGGGUUCAUUUCACAGUGUCUCGGCAAACCAGGCCACAGACCCCUGAUAUCUUGCAGGAGGCUGGAUGGGAUUACAGUGGAAGCCAUCCACCCUUUCCUGGUCUGAGGAACAAUCCUAACAAGGCUGCUCUCCAUGCCGUCACUUGUCAUGAAAAGGUGGUUGUUGUCCGUAAAGAUCAUACAGAGUCCCUGGGCAUGACUGUAGCAGGUGGUGCCUCAUCCCACCGAGAAUGGGAUUUACCCAUCUAUGUAAUAAGUGUUGAACCUGGUGGAGUCAUCAGCAAGGAUGGCAGAAUCAAAACAGGAGACAUUCUGCUCAAUGUGAAUGGAAUUGAUUUGACAGGUGUCAGCCGUGGGGAGGCUGUAGCCCUUUUGAAAAACAUUUCCUCCUCGGUUGUCCUCAGAGCACUAGAACUGAACGAGUGCAAGGCCUCCCUGGAUGGGAGUGAGGGUUCGUGCUGUGAUGCCAGUAUGAACACACCCAAUGGUGGCAGCGAAUGGUCCCCUUCCUGGGCCAUGUGGCUAGAGCUACCCCGGUAUUUGUACAGUUGCAAAGACAUUGUAUUACGAAGAAAUACAGCAGGAAGUCUUGGCUUCAGUAUUGUGGGAGGUUAUGAAGAAAACAGUGGGAACAGGCCAUUUUUUAUCAAAUCAAUUGUUGCAGGGACACCAGCAUAUAAUGAUGGAAGAAUAAGGUGUGGUGACAUCCUUCUUGCAGUUAAUGGCAGAAACAUCUCAGGAAUGGUGCAUGCCUGUUUGGCAAGGAUGCUAAAAGAACUUAAGGGGAAAAUUACUCUUACCAUUGUAUCCUGGCCUGGUACUUUUUUAUGAAGAUGCAUUUCAACUGGAGAACAAGAAAUCACUUCACACAAAAUCUGCCACCUAAUAAGGAUGUCCGUUUACUUCACUUUCUGUUCAGCCAUUUGCUUGUUAAAGAAAAAGGUGUGAAGUAUAAAUGUGUAUAACACAAACAGAAUACUUAUGAAAAAGAAUAAUCUUUGGUGUGUCAGAGAAAAACAUGCACUUUUUAAAUAUGGAAAUCUACUGAGAUCUUAAGUCAGGGUACACAUGCUGCUCUUUGUCUCAUGUUUGUAUUUUUAUAUUCUAUCAAAGCAGGAGCAGUAGUAUGUUCCACCUAGUAUUUGUUUUUGUUUUUUAAAAGGAAACAACUUUAAUACCCAAUCUGAAGUUGUCCCUCAAAACUCUUGAAUAACUAUUGUAAUACUUUUCAAACUAUAAUGUUGACAGCACUUAUUCACAACAUAGAAAGAAGUUUGAUGAUUACAUGAAAUCCCCUUUUUGUGGUCAGUAUGAAGCAAGUAUUUCUUAAAUACCUUGUUUUCUAGUGUGUAAAAACUGUGAAUGAAAUUUCAUUUCUACUGUCAAAAUAUUGUAACUGUAAUUUGUAAUGCCAGGUUAUUUUCAUUAAAAAAGCACAAAAA